UACGUGCACUUCGUCACUUUGCUUUUUGCCAUUGCCAUUGCCAAAGCUAAGCUUCUCGCCAUGGAAGCUCUCCUCUCCUCGCCGCGCGCUCUCUUCUCCGUCACGCCAACCGCGUGCUGGCCGGCGUCAGCCAGGAGGAGGAGACGUGUUGCUUCUCCUGUCAAGGCGGCCGCCGCCGCCGCCGAGCCGGCCGGGGAGGAGAAAAAGCCCGCCACCGGCGGCGCCGCGGCGGCGGCGGGAGACGGCCAGGCGGCUGCGCCGGCGCCGAAGAAGAUCCUCAAGAAGAAACCUGUCUACUCGAUGAAGAAGGGCCAGAUUGUGCGCGUCGACAAGGAGAAGUACUUGAACAGCAUCAACUAUCUGUCAGUUGGACACCCGCCUUUCUUCAAGGGGCUAGACUACAUAUACGAGGACCGUGGCGAGGUUUUGGACAUCAGAAUCUUUGAAACAGGGGAGUAUGCCCUGAUCGCUUGGGUUGGAAUCCCAACUCCACCGGCAUGGCUGCCAACUUACAUGCUCAUCAAGUCGGAUAAACUCGACUACGAGAGAAUAUGAUAUGCACAGGAUCGAAGGUUGCGUUCAAGCUAGCUCAGCAAUCGGGUGGGAGAUCGGUCCUUGGCCUGCCAGACUAGCGUUUUUUCAGUUGUUUUCUUCCCUGCAUUGCAGAUUCUUCCCCUAUUUCGGUUCUUCCGACGAUUAAUCUGCAGAUGUUUUCAGUCGGUUCGUGAUAUAUGACAAUGUGUUGUAUAUAGAUGUCAAUAUGAGGCGAUUUGCUGUUGCCUGUUGCUCCGCAUCUAAAUUAAUUAUACUGAACUGAAAAAUUUAACAAAAGUUAAGUGAUGAUAUUCAGAGCUAUUCAGAUUCA